CUUGAUUUGAAGGUCAGCGUCUAGAGGUCAAUUUUUUCACCCCCGUCUGACCAAUCAACAAACGUCAACAUCUUUAAAGUACCCUGCUUGGUCUGCGACUACCGGGCGGCGUUCCACACCGUGGUUCUUGUCUCCGAAUUUCGCAAUUGAUGUUUCCUUUUGAUUACUUGGAUACUGGCGCUGGAUUGCUCGCAGAUGGACUUAAAACUGAUAUUGUUACGAUGCGUCUCGUGCUAUCUGUUCUGAGCGGUUAUCCUCUUGCUAUCGCCUACUCCCUUUGUUCCACUCGGUGGUCAAUACCACAGCGUGAAAUCUUUCUGUUACUAAGCGGAAUCUUCCUUUUUGUCUGGAACUUUGGAUCGUAUAUUAUACACAUGUUCGUCGGUAUUUUCGUCACAUUAUUUAUUGACUACUUCUUUUUGCGAUCUAAGCUGAGCGUGAUAUUUGCAUUCGUAUUCAACAUGACUUACCUCCUGCUUGGUUCAUACAUAUACAAUCAUGGCACUUACGACAUUAACUGGACUACUCCGUACUGUAUUCUGUGCCUUCGUUUGAUCGGUCUUACCUGGGACCUCUAUGAUGCGUCAAAGCCAGAGGCCGAAAGAUCAGAGCAGCAAAAUCGCUCUGCAUUAUCGGAGUUCCCGAGCGUUUUGGACGUCUUGUCAUUUUGUUUUGUUCCUACUGCAUUUAUCAGUGGUCCUCAGCAAUGGAGCUUCUUUUCGCGCUUCUUGUACAUGACUGUAUUCUCCCAAUUGACGAUGCUCCGCUACAUUUCCGUUUGGCUAAUCGGAGAGGGCGCCUGCGUUCUACUCGGUCUUGGCUGCACUGGAUAUGUGCACGUUCGAAAGCUGGACAACACAGCAGAUUCGAGUAUUCUCCGUCCUUCAGAUCCCGACUGGGAUCCGCUUGUCAUGCGGAGCAAAUCCGCACUCGCUCGGCGUGACUCGGCUGUUCCUUGGGCAGAGGUUCGGCGCGAAUUAGAACAAUGGACUGUGUAUGAUCCAGCCAAGAUGAAUAUUCGUGAAGCAGAGCACACGGCGUGUGCGAGUAUUUCACUGGGGAAUCUACUCCUCGCCACGAACACAGAUCACGUGGUAGCGGGAUUCAAUAUCAACACGAACAAAUGGAUGCUAGAGUCUGGUGAUUCAUGCUUGGCUCCAACGCCACCUUUAAGCUCGCAAAGGCUGGACAACAUUUAG